AUGAGUCCAUUGGUCAAUCCGUUCGUGCCCUCCAAUAUCCUCAACAUGUUUCAAGAAGAUGCGAAACAAUCCUCCGGUAAAACAUCAUCUGGCCUUGUCGUACCUGCCUUACGACCAUUUCACAUUUAUGAUCCAACUGAUCCAAUUAGCGCACUUUCUGUGCCUCCUACGACCGAUUUUAAUCAUUUAAAAAGUGACAAAACAAUCAACGAGCAAUCACCUUCUACACAGGUCACAUCAUCAACUUCUGAUGCAGAUGUAACACCUGCGCAACGCAAGGUGAUUGUCCGCAAUGAAACAGUUCGAAAAAAAAAAGAAUUGGUCAAAGAUGAAGCAUAUUGGGAGCGACGUAGGAAAAACAAUGACGCCGCUAAAAGAAGUCGAGAUUCCAGACGACAAAAGGAAGAUGAAAUGACACUUCGGGCAGCGAUGCUUGAACAAGAAAAUAUCCGUUUACGGCUGGAAGUGGAACAUUUGCGAGCAGAAGUAGAUCGACUUCGAGUGCUAGUCCUCUCUCCUACUAUUUUACCCGCUCCCCAGGCUAUAAUCUCAACUCCCGCAACUGUUUCACAUACUCCUCAACCUCGACAGCAGCAGUCGCAACAGCAACCUCUUCCACCGACAUCUUCUGUUACCUCGUUAUUACCACAACAACAGCCUCCCGCUACAGUACCCUUAUUUUCUUUGUCCUCAUCAACAUCGACAGCUGUCACUACCCAGUGA